UUUCCUUACGAUCCCAUUCUCGCACAUCGGCCCAGCUAUGCCCGAUCCCUACCAGUGCAAAUCCUCCUACUGGGCAUCACCCUGACACUUACGGCAGUCCUAAUCAUCCACCUCAUUUUCACCGCCCAAUACCACUGGCCACUCGCCCCAGUCAACUACGUACUGCAGAUGUCCGCGGUCACCACCUUGCUCAUAUCGUGUAUCGCCACCAUGCACGUCGUCCUAUCGAGCACCAUAGCGCAAAGCUUGAAGUGGCCGUACAUGCUAGAUUACAUCGCCGUCGACAUACCUCCGCUCGAAGACAACGGUGAUUGGGAGAUGGGUGAACUCGCUGCAUGGCUUCUAAUGAACGCGACGACAUCCGGCCUCAUCCAAAUCACCCACAUCCAGUUCCUCACCCUCCUCUUCCCUUCAGGCCUUGAACGACGCCUCAUUUUCUCCCUGCUCGGGCCACUCGCGAUCGUCUCGUCCACCAUGCACGUCCUACGCAUACACGACAACGAAAAUCUAGUGAAAAUCGCGUCCGCAGUACAGAACGUCUGUAACGCCACGCUCUCGCUCCUCUUCACCGCCUCGCUCUUCCUUUGGGGUUGCUUCGUCAACCGACGAGAUGCUUGGCGGACGGACGGGGGCACUGCCGCUUUCGGCGUCGGCGCUCUCACGCUCGCGCUCGUCUCCACCGCGCUCACCUUCCUAUACAUCCCGAGCCGCGACCAGUAUCCCUGGAUGCCCGGACUCAUGUGGGCCGUCAUCCUCUGGCAGAGCUUCCUCGGCUGGUGGUGGUGGGUCGGCGCGGGCAUGGGCGUCGGCGAGGUCCAGGACCUCCUCCGGCGCGAGGAGAAGCGGCAGGAGAAGCGCCGUGCGAAGCUCGCCCGGCGCAAGGUUCGCAAGGAGCGCGCGCAGACGAUAUGGAAGGGCAUGACCGGCGCGCUUGGGUACAACGCGCACCCGCCCGCACACGAGGACUCCUCCGACAGCGCGCGCAGCGCCGGGGAGGCGGACCAUACACGCGACGAGAGCGUGCACCGCGUGGCGUCCAACCAGACGGACGCGAGCUCCCACUCGGGGACGGGCACGACGAACAGCGGGCGCGUCGGCCGCUUCUUGCACCAGUACACCGCCGGCCGCAUCGUGUACGGGUGGUAUCAAGGCCUGCGGCACGCGCACCUCGCGGCGACGCGCGCGCAGGUUGCGGAGCGCGUCGAGCGCAUGAACCAGGCGUACGGCUCCGAGGCCGAGGUCAACCACUCAGGCACAGACGGAGGGCGCCCUGCGGUGUUCGGCUGGGGCCUCGGUAGCUUUUGGAUCCGGAAGCAACAACGGCACCGACGCGAGGAGGAGGAGGCGCAUGCGGCGUACAAGAUGGAGGUGCUGCGGCGCCGUGACGCGGGGAGCGACGAUGAGAGCGAGACGGGGACGAUAUGCGAAGGUGCAAGACCGAACUCGUCGGGGGAGUACGAACGAGGAGAAGCAACGGGCGAUAUCCGCACGCGGAGGCCUGCAAGGCGUGUUGUGUCGAAUGCGCACCCGCCUGCGCAAGGAGUCGAAGAGGAGAUCCACCGGCCAUCGUCGGUCUGGUGGUGGGGUCCGCUCCAUCGGUGGAGGUUACAGGACUCAACGGAUUAUCGAUCAUAG